AUGCCGGGCGACCGUCUUCCAGUUGGCCCGGACCCACGUCCACCUUACGGUCCAGACAUUCGUCCUCCUAUUGAUCCAGAUGCCCCGCCUCAGGCUGGCCCUGGCAUUCGCCCGCCUGAAAGUUCAGGAACGCGUCCACCAUUAGGCGGGGGGACUCGGCCCCCAAUGGGUCCGGCAAUUACUCCUCCUGGUUCAGAAACCCGUCCACCAUUCGGCCCAGGAACUCGCCCGCCAGCUGACUCUGACACGAUUCCUGUUGUUCCAGGCACCCGUCCACCAUUCGGCCCAGACACUCGCCCACCUACUGGCUCUGGCACUACUGUUGGUCCAGGCAUCCGUCCCCCAUACGGCCCAGACACUCGCCCGCCAGCUGACCCUGACGCGACUCCUGUUGUUCCAGGCACUCGUCCCCCAUUCGGCCCAGACACUCGCCCACCUACUGGCUCUGGCACUACUCCUGUUGGUCCAGGCGCCGGUCCACCAUUCGACCAGGACACUCGCCCACCAACUGGCCCUGGCACUACUCCUCCUACUGGUUCAGAAACCCGUCCACCAUUCGGCCCAGGCAGUCGCCCACCAACUGGCCCUGGCACGACUCCUGUUGUUCCAGGCACCCGUCCACCAUUCGGGUCAGGAACGCGCCCGCCAGCUGACCCGGGCACGACUCCUGUUGGUCCAGGCACCCGUCCACCAUUCGACCCAGACACUCGCCCACCUACUGACUCUGGCGCUACUCCUCCUACUGGCUCAGGAACCCGUCCACCAUUCGGCCCAGACACUCGCCCACCUACUGGCUCUGGCGCUACUCCUCCUACUGGUUCAGAAACCCGUCCACCGUAUGGCUCAGGAACUCGCCCACCUACUGACUCUGGCACUACUCCUCCUACUGGUUCAGAAACCCGUCCACCAUUCGGCCCAGACACUCGCCCACCUACUGGCCCUGGCACUACUCCUCCUACUGGCUCAGGAACCCGUCCACCGUUCGGCUCUGACACUCGCCCACCUACUGGCUCUGGCACUACUCCUCCUACUGGUUCAGAAACCCGUCCACCGUACGGCUCAGGAACUCGCCCACCUAAUGGUUCUGGCACUACUCCUCCUACUGGUUCAGAAACCCGUCCUCCGUAUGGCUCAGGAACUCGCCCACCUACUGGCCCUGGCACUACUCCUCCUACUGGCUCAGGAACCCGUCCACCGUUCGGCUCUGACACUCGCCCACCUACUGGCUCUGGCACUACUCCUCCUACUGGUUCAGAAACCCGUCCACCGUACGGCUCAGGAACUCGCCCACCUAAUGGUUCUGGCACUACUCCUCCUACUGGUUCAGAAACCCGUCCUCCGUAUGGCUCAGGAACUCGCCCACCUACUGGCUCUGGCGAUACUCCUCCUACUGGUUCGGGAACCCGUCCACCAUUCGGCCCAGACACUCGCCCACCAACUGGCUCUGGCGCUACUUCUCCUACUGGUUCAGACACUCGUCCACCGUAUGGCUCAGGAACUCGCCCACCUACUGGCUCUGGCACUACUCCUCCUACUGGUUCGGGAACCCGUCCACCAUUCGGCUCUGACACUCGCCCACCUACUGGCUCUGGCGCUACUUCUCCUUCUGGUUCAGACACUCGUCCACCGUAUGGCUCAGGAACUCGCCCACCUACUGGCUCUGGCACUACUCCUCCUACUGGUUCGGGAACCCGUCCACCAUUCGGCCCAGACACUCGCCCACCAA